AUGGGUGCAGCAGUUUGUGACGAGGCCAGGCCUGUUUGCAAAAGCUGCAGACGGCGAAACGAUGAAAAUACCUGCGUCUACACUACCCCAGGCCCAUUCGCUUUUGCUAGGGCAUCACCCGGAUCACCGCGGAAUGCCCCGCAGAAAUCGAUUUCAUUAAGGAGUGAUGGUGGCAGUGCUUCCGAUCGCCCCUCCCUGGCCUUCCAGAAUUCUUUCGCUAGCUAUAGUGGCUCGGCGUAUGCUCCAGCGAUUAAUUUGCAACAUAUGCAACUCGAGCUGCAGUGGAUAAAACAUACCCACAAACUAUUCGCUCGCAGUGAAGAGACUAGAGAGGUGUGGGAGAUACUUGUGUUACAAGAAGCCUUCCAAGCACCAUUCCUGAUGCAUGGCAUAAUAGCACUGACCGCAUUGCACUGGUCACAUGAGCAUGGUGAUACUCAGGAAGCAAAGUGGCUUUCAAUGGCAGUGGCGCAUAAAAACACCGCUUUAUCUAUGUUUUCAGAAUAUCUAAACGAUAUCACGGAUUCUAAUGCCAAAGCAAUGAUGAGCUUCGCCGGCAUAGCUGUGGCCUUCAGUUUCGCGAGUACUUUGAUCUGCCCUGGUCCCGACGAUGGUCCUUGUCUGCGUUCAUUAAUCGACGUUUUUAUUCUUGCACGAGGUGUUCAGGCAGUUGUGAACCAGGCGAGUGAGUUUCUCCAUCACAGCAAUUUUGCGCCUCUUUUCAAUAUUGCCUCACCCGAAGUGACUAUCCCGGAUGAAACUCUAAAGGCUUUCGAUUGCCUGGAAGAGUUGAAUCGCCAGUGUUAUGAAUUCUCCUCUGAGCACAAUAUACAAUCAUACAAGGAAGUCAUCGCAUCAUUACGAGAUCUUGUUAGUUUCACCUAUGCAGAGCCUACCUCCCUAACGCUUGCUGCAGGGUGGGCUAUUCGAUCACCACAACACUACCUAGAAGAGCUCAAUAACCGUGCACCACUUGCACUGGUGAUUCUUGCUCAUUACUGUGUGUUUUUACAUCGAGCCCAAGAUAAUUGGUGUGUUGGAUCUUGGGGCUACGCAGUAUUUGAAGAGAUCCAGUCGCUACUAGAUCCUGGUUGGAAAUCACAUAUCGGUUGGGCAGUUAGGGAAAUCAUUUCCAAAUAA